ACUGUCAAGAUCCAGGACGCGAGCAGUGGAACGUGUGUACACACGCUCGGGGGUCAUAGCAGUUUUGUUAUCUUAGUGGUAACUAGAUGCUCAGCUUCACUAUUACAACACAACUUUAUACUGUCUAAAGAUUAUAAUACCGUCGCUAUAGUUACAUAG